CCAUCAGGUGAAUCAAGUGACUCGCAAAACCGACUCACAUCCAUGAGGGAUUCGAUCCGAUUCGGAAUCGGAAGAGAGUGUAACACCUCUACAAUGGGUUGUAGUGGUGUGUGGGUAGUGUGAUGGCUGGGCUGCCACAUUCCCCAGAAAGUGAUAACCAGACUGGACACCGAGAAGGUGACAGCAGCUCAUACCUCUCACCCUGUGAGUCUGACUUACACCUGGGAAGACAGAAAAUGAAGAGGAUAUUGGCAGAAAUUGGAGAGAGAUCAUUAAUGGAAGAAGGUCCUGUAAAACAAAAGAAACCGAACGAAAACAACAGUGCAUUACUCCAAACAAUAAUGGAUUCCGUUAGUGCUGACGACAUGGAGCCAGCAGCGACACAAGAAAUGAUGAAGAGGGAAAUUGACAAGCUGAGGAGAGAAAUUAAAGACUUGGAGGAAGAUUUGAAAAAUGAAAAGAAGCAAAGAUUGAGGGCAGAGAAAGAGUUAAAAGAUUGGAAAGACAUGCAUGAUGUUGUUCAAGACUUUCGAAGUGCUGUGGGACAAUGGAAGAACACUAUGCUGGUUAAACAUUUUCCAGAUCCUUCACCGCAAGAGGACACCACCACUAAGAGUGGGUGUGAACAGAUGGAUGAUUUUGUACAAACCAAGUUGCUGGAAUGGGGCCUGGAGGAAUUUCUUCUCAUUUUCGAAGCUGAGAAGAUUGAUAAGGAGUCUUUCCUCCUUUUGGAUGGCAGCAGUCUACAGACAUUGAUACCAUUCGUAGGUCCACGGCUCAAAUUCCAAAAACACUUGAAAGCGUUGCUUGAGGAGCCAAACCGUGAGACUACAGAAUGCAGCUUUUCUCAAGGACCUUCUACACAGCAGAGACUGAUGAUGAUGAUGAUGGUGGAGAAUGGAAGCUUAUUUAAUAUCCGUGAGAUCCUUUGUAGGACGCCAGAAGGAAACAAGCUGGUUACUAGUCUCGAUGAAAACGGUCUCAUCUCUGUAAAUGAAAGGCGGUCUAUGGUCCGGAUGCUCGUGUCCCACUUGCUGGAGGCCUGUGGAGAGAACCCUACAUCUGAUAUCAAGGCUGCACUGGCAGCGUCAGUUGUCGAGCAGUUUCCCUGUCUCAAGGAUUGCCAGGGUAGUGGCUAUGAUGCAUGGUACACUCCGGCAAGGAAGAGCAAACCAGCAACAGGUUUUCUGGAGGAACGACUUCGGAAUGUACGCAAAAGGCUCCACAGAGGAAGACCCACUGAUUCAACCGUAACAGAAACAACGUUGCCUGAGUCUCCCAUCAUUCUGCCAGAGGCGACUAUCUCAGAGGAGGCUGCCUUCCACAUGACGGAGUGGCUUAAAGAGAACAUGUGGCCACGGGAGCAGGUGACUGACUACAUGCAGGAGACGGCCGUCUACAGGGCCCAGUGGAUACGCAACAACGAGGCCAAGACCGUCCCAGACAUCAUCGCAGAGUUCCCGCGCCUGGUGGACACUCCUGGAAUGCUUUCUCGGGAUUUCUCCAUUCUACACCCUGAUAAAUGUAGCAAGUUAACCGAACGUUGGAACUUGCUGUGCGCCGAAAAAAUCAUCUGCCUGGCUAAAAAGGAGAAGGCAGACCUUCCAUCAAACGUUGACAACCUCUCUACAGAGCGGCGAGGAGAACUAGCUUUGCAGCUCCUUCCCAGGCUUAUACCAUUAGCACCAUACAAAGUUGGAAAGAAAGUGUCCCGUCCAAGUAAACGUGAAUGUCAAAAGGCAUUCAUUGAUGAGAAGCCGGUUGGAACAAACCUGGCGGAAUACCUGUCUCAGACAAAGACAGAAUACCCGUUCGUGCUGAUGCUGGGCGACAGUCAUCAGUGUUCCCAAGCGUUCGUGAUCAUCAAUGGAGCUGCUCUGGAACAUCCAUCCCUUUUAAGUGCCAUAGAUACGUGUUUCAAGGCCUUCUUUGUCUUUAAUAUUCAGUAUCCACAUGAAUGUGCACAGGUCUGGGAAUUCAUACAAACGGUGUUUGAAAUCCCAGGACCUGUGCGUCCGUGUGUAAAAGUAAUGAGGGCACAGUUUGCCAUGUAGCGUGGUGUAGUGUCAUAUGGGCUGUGCCCAUGUUCAAAAUUGGGAUGCGUAUGUUUUAUGAUUUAAGUUUGUGGGCAUUUCAGUUGGAGGCCUGGAGGCCUGUUUGAGUUAUGUCAAUGCUAUCUGUGGACAUUUGGGCUGAGACUGCGUGUUUUUUUUACAUAUACAGUAUAUAUAUAUAUUUGAGGUUUCUGGCCGUUUCGAUUAGAAGCCUGGCAGUCUGUGUUCAUUUUUUGUACCGUUCUCAAUGGCAGUUUCAGUUAAGAGCCCUGUAAAUAUGUUUGUUUAAUACUCAAUGUUAGUCCAUGGCUGUAAUUGGAUAUAGGAUUGGAUAUGGGUCUUUUUAAUACUUCAUGGCAGUAUAUGGUUGCUUCAGUUGAAAGGAUGUAUGUGUUUUAGACACUGUACCCUUAAUGCUGAAUAAACUGGAAAUACUGAUGUUGAUGUA